AUGAUCUCAAGUUCAAUAACCGAUAUUGAAAGUCUAUCCAAGUUAUUCGAUAAACAAACAGAUUUAACAACAAAAACGACCGAUGAUCCAACAGAAAAUGACAAUGCAAUCUUUAAUAGUCGAUCAAAUCGACCGCUGACUGUUUCAACUCUUGCACAUUAUUUUGGUCUUCAAUGUGAUGAAUUUCUUCGUUUAUCUCUGAACUCUCAAAUUGAAUCGAAUAAUGCUGAUAAUUUCAAAAACGUUUUAACGAAGCGUCGUGGAAUUUUAUUUGAGGCCGAUAUAAAAGCCUAUUAUUCGAAAUCAAUCUUAUCGAAUAUUCAUGAUGAAUAUGAUUUUCUAUCUUAUCUUCAAUCAUCAAUAUCUUCUCCUACUGAAACUCGAAUUGCUUAUAAUGUAAAGUUUCAUUGGACAUAUGAUAAAAAUCUUGAAAGUAAUUAUAAACCUGACUUUUUAUUAGUCAAACAUUUAACUAAUAAUGAAAAUCGAAUCCAAAUAACAAUCGCUGAUGCCAAGUCGUCGUCUCAUAUGCGCAUUGAGCAUUGUGUUCAAGUGGCACUUUAUGGAAUAGAUUUGCGAAUCUGGAUAGAAAGAAAUAAACUUGAUGCACAUGUGUUUAUAAAUGAUAUUGGAGAAGUUUGGUUGCCCAGCGGAAACGUAUUAAUGCCUUAUGAAAAAAAGACUUUUCCAAUGACUAAACUACAAGAAAGACUUGAAAGUUUUCUUAAAUAUGAUCUGACGAAAAUUUUACAUGGUUCCGAAUGGAAAAUGCUACCACGAUGUUCACAUUGCUCAUAUUCACCUCGUUGUCGUCAAAGAGCUAUUUAUCAUGAGCCAGAAUCAAUAAAUAAUUUAUCUUAUUUACCAUCAUCAGCUCAUUCAUUAAUUUAUUCGCUUUUUCAUUCAACAUUGAUUUCAUCAAUUGAUCUUAAUCAUCUUCUUGAUCAGUCAAAUAAAGAUAGUUGUUUUUCAGAUGAUAAAACAAAACUUCAAAACAUUUUAUCCAUCAAUUCUGAAGAUAAAACAAGCGCUGCUAUUAAAGCUCUUGAAAACCAUGAACCACAGUUAAAACAGCAAACGUCACUUUUAAUACCGAAAAAAAAUAAAGAUUUAAUUCUUAUUUUCAUUUUCUUGAUACCUAAUCCAUCUCAACUACAUUCUGUAGCACUUCUUGCUUGUAAUGUAUUUAACACUUAUAAUCAAUCAUGGUUUUACUCUAAACCAUUUAUUCAAUUGUAUCCGUCACCAUAUCAAAUUGUUUCAGUGAUUUCUCAAUCGUUAGAACUGGCAAAAAAAAGUGAACGUCCUUGUCAGAUAAUACUUUUUGACGAGCAAGAAAAAAUCAUUUUAUUUGAACAAUUAACAAUUGCAUCAGAUAGUGAAUACAUUGAUCAAUGUCUAAUUUUACUAAGUUCAUCAGAGAAUGCUAUUUUACUUGAUUAUCCACCAGAUAUCAUUCAAACAGAUAGGUUUUUUCGUUCGCAUCCAUUAUCAAACACACCAAAACAUGAAAUUGAAGAAGAAUUAUAUGAACGUUACGGCUCAUUGGGUGGGAAUAGUAAUGAAAGACCUACGAAAACACAAUUAGCUCAACAUUUAAGACUAUUGAAUGGAAUCGAACAAGAAAAGGCGCGAAAAAUGCUUAUUGGCUUACCUUGCCUUAUUUGUUUACAUACAGCUAUUCGACAAUCAUUUGUUGUUCCGAUGCCGGCUUAUUUUGACUUGGAAGAUCUUAAAUAUUCAUUCAACAUUGCAUUGCCUUCCUUCAAUCCUAAUGAGUUAUUGGAAUCGAUUCAAAAGCCAGAAAUAGACAAUCUUGUUCAAGACCAUGUGAAUGUUCUUGCUCGUCUUUACUUAACUAUUCAAAAUCGCCUCUCAGAAUCAAAUCGUCUUCAACUAGAUGCGUAUCCAUUACCUAAAAUUAUACCAAUAAAUAGUUCGCAUCCACAUAUUCGUCGUUUGGUCUUUUUACGUCAAUAUGAAAUGUUACAUUGUUUGCGUUCUAUACAACAAACACGAUUUGACUUAAAUGAACCACAUAUUAUUAUUCAAAUCAUAGAUAAAAAGCCGAUUGAUAAAUACAAUAAUUUAUGGCAAUGUCAUAUUAAACGUGGUCAAGAAACAAUUUCCAAAACUUUGACUGAAAAUGUAAUAAAUACAAAUGAUUUUCGUACAUACCCAUAUUUAAUUUUUGAAGAUAUUGAUACCAUAAGAACAUUUCCUGAUGCUAUUUAUAUGGAUUUAGCUAUUGAUGGUGUUCGUUCUGGUACGAAAUUUGAUCGAUACGGUUUAGCUCAUGUUGAAAAACAAGAAGAAGAAUCAAUAUUUAUCCGUGUAAAACUGUGUAAUCUUUCUCUUGAAAUCAAUCAUCAAUAUUAUCUAUGUGAACGUUAUGUAGAUUUUAAUACUAAAAAAGCAAUAAAAGCAUUAGAACAAGUUACUAAGUUGACAAUACAAAUAUUAGAUGAUCCAAAACAAUUGGAAAAACCACGAGCAAUGCAACAAACGAAUGAAGUAAUGCAACAAGAAAUAAAAAAUAUGUUUUCCAAAAGGGAACCUUCGAUGAAACCUGAACAAUUGCAUAUGCUUAAUAAAGCACAACAAUUUGCAUGUGAAAAAAUUAAAAAUGAACGAGUUACACUAAUUUGGGGACCUCCAGGUACGAGCAAAUUUUAUUUUCUUGUUUGGAAAAAGAUUUAUCAUCCGAAAUAA